GAGCAAGCCCCAGAGAGGAUGGAAAUGGCGAAGUGGCCUAGCGCCUGCCCGCUCCCGCGCAUGCUCCCUGACUUCACCAGGGUCACGCUGCAGCCCGCAGGAAUGAAAAUCCACUUCUCCGCAUUUUGGAGGUGACCUGGAAGCGGUUCAAAUGUUCCAGCUUCUCAGAAGAGGAGGGGACCGGGCGGUAACGGGGAGCCAAGGGGAGGCGACGGCUCGUAAAACCCGGAAAAGCUUUCCCGAUCCACUCUGCGGGCCUCUGAGCGCCUCCAGACAUGCGCAGUAGCCUCCCCCGCGGUGGCGGCAGUGGAUUCCGUGGCGGCUGAGUGUCCAGAGCCGGACGUUCCGGCCGCUUCGGGCUGGCGGCUGGAGAGCGCCCGCGUCAUGUCGGCCCAGGGGGACUGCGAGUUCCUGGUGCAGCGAGCCCGGGAGUUGGUGCCGCAGGACCUGUGGGCAGCCAAGGCGUGGCUGAUCACGGCCCGCAGCCUCUACCCCGCAGACUUUAACAUCCAGUAUGAGAUGUACACCAUCGAACGGAAUGCAGAGAGGACCGCCACCGCCGGGAGGCUGCUGUACGACAUGUUUGUGAAUUUCCCAGACCAGCCGGUGGUGUGGAGAGAAAUCAGCAUUAUUACAUCAGCAUUAAGGAAUGAUUCACAGGACAAACAAACCCAAUUCUUAAGAAGUUUAUUUGAAACUCUGCCUGGUCGGGUCCAGUGUGAAAUGUUACUAAAGGUCACGGAACAAUGCUUCAACACGUUAGAACGAUCAGAAAUGUUGCUUCUACUUCUGAGGCGCUUCCCUGAAACGGUGGUGCAACAUGGGGUUGGCCUUGGGGAGGCACUGUUAGAGGCUGAAACUAUUGAAGAACAAGAAUCUCCUGUGAACUGCUUUAGAAAAUUAUUUGUUUGUGACGUCCUUCCUCUAAUAAUUAACAACCAUGAUGUUCGACUGCCUGCCAAUUUAUUAUAUAAGUACUUGAACAAAGCAGCUGAAUUUUAUAUCAGUUAUGUCACUAGGUCUACUCAAACAGAAAAUCAGCAUCAAGGUGCCCAGGAUACAUCUGAUUUAAUGUCACCUAGCAAACGUAGCUCUCAGAAGUAUAUAAUAGAAGGGCUGACCGAAAAAUCAUCCCAGAUCGUGGACCCUUGGGAGAGGUUGUUUAAGAUUUUAAAUGUUGUUGGAAUGAGAUGUGAAUGGCAGAUGGAUAAAGGAAGACGAAGCUAUGGAGAUAUUUUGCAUAGAAUGAAGGAUCUCUGCAGAUACAUGAACAACUUUGAUAGUGAAGCACAUGCGAAAUACAAAAACCAAGUGGUGUAUUCCACCAUGCUGGUCUUCUUUAAGAAUGCGUUCCAAUAUGUCAACAGCAUACAGCCGUCUCUCUUCCAAGGUCCUAAUGCCCCGAGCCAAGUUCCACUGGUUCUUCUCGAAGAUGUAUCGAACGUGUAUGGUGAUGUAGAAAUUGAUCGUAAUAAACACAUCCAUAAAAAGAGGAAACUAGCUGAAGGAAGAGAAAAAACCAUGCAGAGUUCAGACGAUGAAGACUGUUCGGCGAAAGGAAGAAAUCGUCACAUUGUAGUCAAUAAAGCCGAACUUGCUAACUCCAUUGAAGUGUUAGAAAGCUUUAAAUUGGCCAGGGAGAGCUGGGAGUUGCUCUAUUCCCUAGAAUUCCUUGACAAAGAAUUUACAAGGAUUUGCUUGGCCUGGAAGACGGAUACUUGGCUUUGGUUAAGAAUCUUCCUCACUGAUAUGAUCAUCUAUCAGGGUCAAUAUAAAAAGGCGAUAGCCAGCCUGCAUCACUUAGCAGCUCUCCAGGGAUCCAUUUCUCAGCCACAGAUCACAGGGCAGGGGACCCUGGAGCAUCAGAGGGCACUCAUCCAGCUGGCGACGUGCCACUUUGCACUAGGGGAGUACAGGAUGACAUGUGAAAAAGUCCUUGAUCUGAUGUGCUACAUGGUACUACCCAUUCAAGAUGGAGGCAAAUCCCAGGAGGAACCCUCAAAAGUAAAGCCCAAAUUCAGAAAAGGUUCGGAUCUCAAGCUCCUGCCAUGUACCAGCAAGGCUAUCAUGCCAUACUGCCUGCAUUUAAUGUUAGCCUGUUUUAAGCUCAGAGCUUUCACAGACAACAGAGACGACAUGGCAUUGGGGCAUGUGAUUGUGUUGCUUCAGCAAGAGUGGCCACGGGGCGAGAAUCUUUUCCUGAAAGCUGUCAAUAAAAUUUGCCAACAAGGAAAUUUCCAAUACGAGAAUUUUUUCAAUUACGUUACAAAUAUUGAUAUGCUGGAGGAAUUUGCCUACUUGAGAACUCAGGAAGGUGGGAAAAUUCAUCUGGAAUUACUACCCAAUCAAGGAAUGCUGAUCAAGCCUUCUAGCCCUCCCAUGGGGUUGCUGCAGCAGGAAUUCUUACCUGUGCUUCAGCCCAGCAUACAGACUGCUGACAGGCACCACACGGUAACUCGAGGCAUCACCAAAGGCGUGAAGGAGGACUUUCGCCUGGCCAUGGAGCGCCAGGUCUCCCGCUGUGGAGAGAAUCUGAUGGUGGUUCUGCACAGAUUCUGCAUUAACGAGAAGAUCUUGCUCCUUCAGACUCUGACCUGAGUGGAGACCUGUCCACCAGACACAGCUCGGGACUGUGUAAUUUGAGGAGAAGACACCCAGCAGUGAUUGACGUGGCGCUCAGCCGCGGUCAUUGUUGCUGUUACAAAGAAGAAAACCAGCUGAGUUCUAAGUCCUUGGUUGCUUAAAAGUAGUUCCCAAGAGUCUGAGAAGCUAUCUCUAUUUUUAAGAGUCAUUUUUUGUAAUUUUUGUAAAACAAAGACCCAAUCUGUUUUGUAAAUAAAAAUCAUCCUAAAAUUUGAA